AAAAAUUAAGUUAAUUUUAAAUUUUUAGUUUAACAAACUACAAUCUUCCAAAUCUACUUAUUUAUAUUUAAGUUCUGAACAAAGGGGUCAAAGAGGUGGAAGUGGAAGAAAUGGGGAGGGAGGUAUCUGAGAGCUGUGUGGAGAGUUUACUAACUGAGAUCGUCUCUUCUUACUGCAAUGGCUUCUACGCCGACAAACCGGAGCUUGCCGCCCGCCGGAUCGAAGCCAUCGGUUUUCAGGUCGGCCACCAACUUUCCGAGAGGUAUACCAUGGAUAGGCCCCGGUUCACUGAUCAUCUGGAGGCUAUCAAAUUCAUAUGCAAGGACUUCUGGUCUGAGGUCUUCAAGAAGCAAAUUGAUAACCUGAAGACAAAUCACAGAGGCACCUUUGUGUUGCAAGACAACCGUUUUCGUUGGCUGUCACGGAUGUCAGUUGAUCCUUCUAUAGAAACUCUUGGUUCAAUUCAAGAUCCUUCAGCGAUGGCUGAAAACAAAGCUGCACAAGCCAUAGGAAUGCAUCUCUAUUUCCCAUGUGGAAUCAUAAGGGGAGCACUUUCAAACCUUGGAAUUCCUUGUGCAGUUUCUGCAGAUAUAUCUAAUCUUCCUGCUUGUUCAUUUGUGAUACGAAUAAAGGCAUGAUGGGCUUUUGCAAGAAGAGUGAAUUAUCCAAAGGGUUUCAUGAGCUAUUUCUGUGCUUAGUAUGUUCAACUCUCUCACAUGAAUGCCCUGUAUUGUGUUAUGAUUUUAGACUCUAAAAGAAGUGGAAUUUUUCAGAGAAAUGUUGGUUUUCACCUAUGUGACAAAACAUUGUAUAGGUAUUCUGAGUACAAGCUUUCUUCUUCAUGAUACAACAUGGACUCCUCUUACUAGCAAACUUGUUGAUACAAUUUAUCUUAAGAUUUCAUGAUCCAUUUCUAUAUGCUCAGUAUGUUCAAUA